GGAGUUAGUGGCUGUUGGGCUGGACCUAAUUCAGCAGCUGCCCGUUUCAUAAAUAGAGGACAGUCAGAAACAGAACCGUCUGGGGUUUCCAUCCAUUGUACGAGCCUCGUCGAACCAGUGACUUCAAAAUGGCCUCUUGCUUGCUACAAAGACUGUCAGGCCUCUCCUGCGCCGAAAAGCAUGCCCUAGCCAAAGGCCUUAAGGUGGUGUCCAGUGCGCCCAAUUCGCCCCGUCGUCAGGGCGCCUCGCCCAAUUUGGUGGGCGGGGUCCAUCAUCAGAGUGUGCGCCCCUUGUCCGUCCACGAGCACGUGUCCAUGUCUUUGCUGAAGGAGGCGGGUGUACCCACGCCCAAAUUCGGUGUGGCUCAAACCGCCGAGGCAGCCCAGCAAAUCGCGGCCGAUCUCAACGUGUCCGAUCUCGUGGUCAAAGCUCAGGUUUUGGCAGGUGGACGCGGCAAAGGAUACUUCAAGAAAGUUGGGAAAGGCGGCAAAGGCGGCGUUCAAUUGGUUUACAAUCCCGAUGAGGCCAAAGUGGCGGCCCAAGAAAUGAUUGGCGACUUUCUGAUCACCAAACAGACGGGCGAAGCUGGCCGGAUUUGCAACUCUGUCAUGAUCACCGAACGGAAAUACACGCGCAAGGAGUUCUACGUGGCUUUCAUGAACGAGCGGGCCUAUUCGGGUCCCGUGAUGAUUGCCUCGGCCGAGGGAGGCGUGAACAUCGAAGAUGUGGCGGCCAAGAAUCCCGACGCCAUCCACAAAUUUCCCAUCGACAUCCAUGAAGGUCUGUCCUUGGCCAAGGCCAAAGAGGCCGCCACCAAAUUGGGCAUUAACGCUAGCAAAGCAGAUGAAGUGGCCCAAAUCUUUGUCAACUUGUACAAGAUGUUCGAAUCGAAAGACGCCACCAUGGUGGAGAUCAAUCCAUUUGCCGAAGACUCGAAUGGCACUUAUUUCUGCUUGGAUGCCAAACUCCGAUUUGAUGACAACGCCGAUUUCCGUCAAAAAGAAGUCUUUGCUCAACGGGAUUGGAGUCAAGAAGAUCCCAGUGAGGUGGAGGCGGCCAACCAUAACCUGAACUACAUCGCCUUGGACGGAGACAUUGGAUGUAUGGUCAACGGAGCGGGUUUGGCCAUGGCCACCAUGGACAUCAUCAAGCUCCAUGGCGGAUCUCCGGCCAAUUUCUUGGACGUGGGCGGUGGAGCCACGGCACACCAAGUCAAAGAGGCCUUCAAGAUCAUUACCAGCGAUCCCAAGGUGAAUGCUAUUAUGGUCAACAUUUUUGGCGGCAUUAUGCGUUGUGACGUCAUUGCCGAGGGUAUCAUCGAAGCAGCCAAGGAGCUUCAAUUGGCCACGCCCAUUGUGGUUCGAUUGCAGGGUACCAAUGUGGACGAUGCCAAAGUGAUGAUUGGGUCUUCUGGCAUGAAGAUCUUGCCCGUGGACAAUCUGGACGAAGCGGCUCGUUUGGCCGUGAGGCUCUCGAAUAUCGUGGGCAUUGCCCGAGAGGCCCAUGUGGAUGUGAAGUUUGAGAUUCCCAUCUGAUCCUGUUCGGCGACGACGAUGCAAGAACCUCCCACACCCAAUCUCUCUCUCUUCUCUUUCUCUCUUUGUAAAGUUCGCUCAUCAACCUCAAAAAACGCGAAAAGAUAGUUAGUCACUGACUAUCGGGCAAGGAUCCCAUUUUUAUAGACAUCCUAUGCGACUCUUAUUAUUGUUUUGCUAUUAGCGUAUGUUCAUGUGCUUGACGACACAAUGAGGCAUCAAAUUGUUCCUUGUGAGAGGAUUACGUUGACUCUCAUGAUUUUUCUCUCAUUCAAUUUCCUUCAUUCCCAAUUUCAUUUGCUCUCUGUUCUUGACCACAAAAACCUGUUGAGGCUUCAAAGCCAGCGACAAGAUAAAGGGUCGUUUUUUUCGAGAGUGAAUGUAUUAAGUUGCUCCUUUGAGCAAAAUUCUGAGAUCUUUUUGAAACGUGUUCUAGUCUCAAUUUAAAGUUUUUCCUUGCGAAAGAACAAGAUCCUGAAAAGUAGCAGAAGCAAAACGAAGUAAAGUUUACAGAUAGAGAGAUUUAUAAAUCUAACGGAAGAUAUAUGUGUACAUACGUACUGAAGAUGACGAAUUAUGUGCUGCGAAAUCUAAGAUCAAAACAUGAAAUACACCGAAUGAGAGUG